CUUCUGGUUCCUUUGUUGCCUGCGGAAAUAAAUGUCCCUUUCCCAGUGCACCCGCGGGGGUAGACCUUGGUGAUGAGAGGAUGGGGUGAAUGUGACCAUGAAGGUAAGGAGGUGAAGGAGCUUCGAGGCCCAAAGGCAGCAAAGCCGCCAGCGAAGCCUGGAAAGGCUCAUUCGGCAUUUCUGGACGAGGAGCUUGACAAAUACUUUGAGAAGGAAACACCUGAACCCUGUGUCGAGUCUUUGUCUCCAGCGGAGAUGCAGGAUCGAAAGGUUGCCGCUAUGCUCCUCAGAAGCGCCCGUCACAAGGUGGAACAGGCAGAGGAGUCUGGUCUCGCAGCCUAUCUCGAAGAGGAGGCCCACUUGGACCAGCGCGUGAACAAGCGCCUUUUGGCCGGGGAGGUGUCGCAGGCUCGCAGCUUCAACAGGCGGGCUGGAAUCGAACCGCUGCCGGCUGUGCAGGAGCCUUCUGCGGGCCUUUCGCUGGAGCAGCGGGAGGCCAAGGCGUUGGAGCAGGAGUAUGUAAGAAGCUCGCACCGGAUGCGCUCGAGUGAAGCCGUGGCCGUUUGCUCUGCGCAGCCCCGCAAACGCCAGCGCGUUGGCACUCAAGGAGAACCUUUGGACGUAGCAGCCUUGGAAGAAGAGGCAAAGAAACAAGCCGACGAGGAUGCCGCGCUGGUGAACCCCAUCUUGCGACCUCCUCCCAAGCUUGUGAAGCGCAUCGCAGUGAAGAUCGGCGGAAAAGAACAGUUCCCUCCGCCGAUUGAAGGUCUGCUGCCAAAGACGCGGGAGUCCAUGGAAGAGAUGGAGGCCAAACUCUGGCCUAGCAAAGGCAUGCGAGUGCGCGUGUUCAACGAGACGGGAGAGCUGAAGGCCUACCACCUUCAGACAGGAGUCGUGCAGCGCAGACAUGCUGCGAGGGGUGCAGUGGAUGUUGCGUUGGAUGGCUCGCAGAGGCUGCUGAAGAUGGUGUCAGAAGCGCAUUUGCAAACGUACGUGUCGAAGACAUGUGCUCGAAUUGAAGUGGUACGUGGUGGAAAUCGAGGCGUCAUUGGGGAGUUGGUGUCCCGCAAUGUCAGCAAGAGCCUGGCAAUCAUUCGCUUGGGGCGUGGCCAAGGUCAAAGGGAGCUGGAACUCCCGCUGGCGGACAUUUGCGAGUUCGUUUGAGUCUGGGCCUGAUGUGGACAGUUGUAAUGAAAAGCA